GUGAUGAGUCUGGUGUCGGGCUUCGGUCCUCUGAUCACCGCAGGGAUUUUUUCAGCCACCCUCUCCUCAGCUCUGGCCUCGUUGGUCAGCGCGCCCAAAGUCUUCCAGGCUCUGUGUAAAGACAAGAUCUAUCCAGGGCUGGUAGUCUUUGCAAAGGGUUAUGGGAAGAACAACGAGCCGCUCCGUGGUUACGUCCUGACCUUCUGCAUUGGCCUGGCGUUCAUCCUGAUUGCGGAGUUGAACAUCAUCGCUCCCAUAAUCUCCAACUUCUUCCUGGCGUCCUACGCUCUCAUCAACUUCUCCGUCUUCCACGCGUCCCUGGCCAACUCUCCGGGGUGGCGCCCCAGCUUCAAGUACUACAACAUGUGGGUGUCUCUUGCUGGAGCGAUCCUGUGCUUGGUGGUGAUGUUCGUCAUCAACUGGUGGGCGGCUCUGGUCACUCUGCUCAUCGUCCUCGCUCUCUACAUCUACGUCAGCUACAAGAAACCUGAUGUGAACUGGGGAUCAUCCACUCAGGCUCUGAUGUACAACCAGGCUCUGACUCACUGUCUGAACCUCACUGGGGUCGAGGACCACGUGAAGAACUUCAGGCCGCAGUGUUUGGUGCUGACUGGUUUUCCAAACUCUCGUCCUGCUCUGCUUCAGCUGGUUUAUUCUUACACCAAGAACGUCGGCCUCAUGGUCUGCGGCCACAUCAAGACU